AAAGAAAAAAAAAAGGGACGACAACACCGGAAUGAGGAAAUUGACGAGGGCAAAGCCAUGUGCAAAACAAAGUUGUCCAUCGCUGAUAACAGAACAACCUGGAGCACCAGAGGUCACUCCACUCAAGUCUCCCAGAGGUUUGUCCGCUCCUCUGUCCCGCAGACGUCCAACAGACAGCAGCCCAUCCGCGAGCUCUCUGCCCGGUACCCGGUGAUGUCUCUCCUCCUCCUCCUCAUCAUCACAGCGCUGUCCUCGCUCGCGGUGCGCGAUGCUGCGGCGUGGAGCGCCAAUGUCAAGUACGCGGUGAACUGCCCCGACCGGUGCAGCGCGGAGCGGUGCGGCGGCACGCAGCGCUGCACGCGGACGGUCCUGGACGACUGCGGCUGUUGCCAGGUCUGUGCGGCCGCCAGAGGGGAGCACUGUUACCGCACCGUGUCCGGCAUGCACGGGGUGAAGUGCGGACCGGGAUUAUUCUGCGAGUUCUACAAGGAAGAGGACGAUUACGGGGACGAAUAUGGGAUAUGCAAAGACUGUCUGUAUGGAACCUAUGGGAUUGAGUGCCGCAAGGCAUGCAACUGCAAAGGUGGCAUAUGUGACAGGGAGACAGGAGCGUGUCUCACCCUCAGAUUCUUUGCCAAAAUCGCCGGCAAACUCAAGACUGAGCCUCAAGAAGGGGGAGAGGUGGGCUCGGGAGAGGUCGGCGCUGCCCAGAACACAGAUCAGAAGCGGCUCAACCCUCGCUGACAAGUGCUGACAAGGCUGAAUCUAUUCAGUGUAAAUGUAGCAUUAACUUAUAAAUGAACUGAAAGAUAUAUUUUAUUAUGUUAAACAAUGAGACACUUUUUUACAGCAUUUUGGAAGUUUUUGUUUGGUUUUGUUUUGGUCCUCGUUUGACACCAGCAUCAUUUCUAGUGAAAUACACAGGACCAUGUUGUUCUCCUCACACUCUCUUUGUCUCUGUCCUCAUUUAGUUAAUGUCACAAGAAAAGGACCUUGCAUCUAUGUACCAACUGGACACGGCAACUUUUUUUUCAUGUAUUCAUUGUAGUCCACUGAAUAUGUUGAUGUUUUCCAUAAUGAUAUCUUAUUUGUACUGUAUAUAUGAAAAGCAGACAUGGAAUAUAUCGUGUAUGUGACACCAGCCA